CCACAAAUCAAAAACCAAAAAUCAGGGGAUUGACCGAAAACACAAAUUAGUUAGUACAUUAGCAAAAUGGGGCCAAUUUACAAUAUUGAGAAGUUUUAAUGUUGAUAGUAGGAAGGGAGAUCAAGCUAGGGGCGGAAGACAGUUUGGGACGGAAUCGAGGAUUAGGGAUCUGAGACACGAAUGGAGCACGACGAGGCAACAAAGUAACCGGCGACGACUUUCUUCUUCGACCAGAACUGCGGGCGGUAGGCUCUCAUCUUCGAUCAGCAUGUGUCACUGGACACAGAGCAGGGCGGGGGUGGUUGGCAUUCAUCGUCCAUCGGCUAGCAGCGAGGCAUGGAGGUCCGGUUCCAACCUCAGUGAUUCCGGACGGAAAUCAUACGGCGGCCUUUUCUCUGAUUCGGUUUCAAUUUUUUCACCUUUCUUUAAUCUAAUCUUUCUCACUAUUUUCUUUAGAUUUGUUCACUCUAAUUUUGUAUUCACUUGUUAGACUGCCAUGGCUGCCCUUCUCUCUGAUUUGGUUUCAAUUUCACAAUAUAAUAAGGAAUUCUAUUCAAAUCAUGAUAUGUACUGUAUUUACAAGUCUUUAACUUUUAAUUAUAAGUGUCCACGAUUUUUACAGACAUGCCAUGGCUUUUGCACAUUGCUAUUGUUUUGCCUUCUUUGACAAACUUAUGGAGCUAGGUAGGUUUCAUCAGGGCGACUAAUAAAGCAUGUAGCAUCGUCAAAGACAAUUGUCAUCACCUUUCAUUUCUAUACAAAGCAAGCUCCACAAUAAAAUGAAUUGGAUGAUGAUCAUAGAUGCCACAUAUGUCAUUGGGUUCCUUUAGGGACCCUAUCUAGCUACUUAUAAUCACUCUUUUAUUUGGCCUUAAGGCAAUUGUUUCUCGUCUUCUUUUUCUUGUUGAUCCCUUUUUUCUGUUCCAACAAUGUUUAUUACAUAUUGUAGAUUUUUGUUGGUGGAAUCUCCGAAGUUAUUUCAUCUGAUAUGGUAAGAGAAUUAAUCUUAACAUCGGUAAAAAGGUUUAUUUUAGAUAGGGGCUGCUUGGCAACUUCUGAAUCGGUAAGUGCUGAACCAAGUAAGAGGUCUGAACCAUUAAGUGAUGAACCAGUAAGAGGUCUCAACCAUUAAGAGAUAGUAUAUUGCUUAACUAUUCAGAGGCAAAUGUCUGAUCAAUUCAGAUAAGAGGUCUUAACCAUUCAGACUCUGUAUAAUACUUAACCAUUCAGAGGCAAAUCUCUUAACCAUUCAGACAUCUGAACCAUUAAGAGGCUGAAACAAACAGUCUGAACCAUUAAGUGCUGAACCGUUCAGACAUCUGAACCAUUAAGAGGCUGAAACAAACAGCCCCAUAAUGUUUCUAGUUUCUUUUUUCAUCCUGCCCGAGGGCUUAAAUUUUAUGCUGCUAUUCUAGCUCAUGGAGAUUGCUAAAUCCUUUGGACAUUUGAAAGCAUAUCACUUUGAGUUUAAUGCAGAUCUUAAUGAGCCACGUGCUUUUCUUGAGGUAUCAUCCUACUAUUCUUUCAUUGGGUAAAUGAUUAUUUAUUCUUUCUUACUCCCUACUAGAUUAUUGUCUUGUAUAUACUUUGGUAAUGCUCUACUUGUUUUAUGGAGAAAGUGGAAUAAAAUUUACUGUGGAUGUAAUCUGUAUGAGAUGUCAGGCUCAGUGUCAAGUGUCAAAUGUCUGUUCCAUGAUCAAAACCAAGUAUAAACCCAGGGCCUGGAUACUACUGACAAUUAGAAAGCUGAGCCUCUCAUGUGUGUGAGAAGCAAGAAUUUAUGUGUUUUUUUAAUAUAAUUAUGAACUGAAACCUGAAAGGGGAGUAAAACAUAAGUGUUCUUGAGCUUCAAUUUUGACACGAUCAAUAUAUUCAAGUUAGGCUACCACUUAGGGUUAGGAGGUUUACACUGUAUCUGUGGGCUCGCAUCUUCGAUCAGCAUCUGGUCACAGAGUAGGGCUGGUGGUUGGCCUUCAUUGUUGAUCGGCUAGCAGCGAGGCAUGGAGGUCCGAUUCCGGAUGGAAAUCAGACGGUGGCAAUCAGUCGAGCAACUCUCCCUACAGUGAACUCCUGACUCCAGCGAGCUAUAGUGCAUGAGUGUAAGGUAAAUUUGGUGCAAAAUUUGUAAUUACUUUAUUUUGUGCUUAUAUUUUUUUUUUUGCAUAGGAUUCAACGGCUAAUCAAUCUGAAAUCGAUGACCUUACAAUUGAUGGUAAUACAACCACUGAGCAAAGUCAUAAUGAGGAUCGAUGGAACAAAGAUGAUGAGGUUAGAGUGAUGAACUUGAAGAUGUAGACAGUGACGAGCAUUAAAGCUUUGGACUAUAUCUUCCAUAUCAAUGCGUAUUUUAAUUUAGUUCACUUUGACUGUUACUUUAGCUUGAAAAGUACGCAAAUGAUGAACUAAUUUUGAGAUGUUGGUUUACUAUCUAGUAAAUGGGUUAGUUGUAA